AUUGUUACAUUAAGGCCUGUGGCUUUACAAAAUACUAUAGCCUAGAAGCCUCAGCUAGUGGUGACACUGAUCUCAAAAUCUGUUUGUUGGAACUCUCCAUACUCGUGUGAUCUGUCACCAGCAGACAUUCGAGCCAUUUGACACUAUUCGGGCACAUCCAUGAUAUAUAUGUCGCAAUGGUCGUUUCAGUCUGGCUAUUGUUCCAAUCACGUUUCCUGUACUGUUCAUGUUGUUAUGUAAUCACUUCACGUUGUCGUAGAGAGCGUUGUACAAAUGUGCAUGUGCUAUUAUUAAAAGUAGCAUUAUUUCAAUGUCUGGAAUCUCUGCUUGUAAACAUAGUUGAUUACUUGAUUCAAUAAGAUGCAGCACAAAGAACUGCAGUAAUCCAAAUGCUUGACACAAAAUGUUAUUUAAUGUCUUUCAAUACGUGUAAAAUAGUCUGUGCAUGCGCGAAACUGCUUUAUAUUCUCUGUGGCACAUUCCCCGACCAAAAUAAUUGUUGCCACGUAAGAAAAGACUCUGUUUUCGACAGAUUUCUUUAUAAAAAUUGACCUCAACUGCACAGAUACCGCCGACUUCGAGUUUAUAAAAGUUAGCGACUUGAGACACAAACCCUUCAGAAUAUAGGUCUAAGUAGGAAUAUCUCACGAAACAUUUGAGAAUACUUUCGUAGAUAAGUAUCUUAGCUUACAAAAUUCUCUAAAUAAAUAUACGCAUAAUUUUAGAGCAAACCACUGUGCUGCAGUAACUCCCAUUUGAGUUAAACGGCGAGAGAAAAUUAUUUUACUGGUAACAAACUAUUUGCGGAUGCAUGGUAAUCAAUCCAAUAUGGCUGACAACAUUGUUAUUCUAGUAGAAACAUAGGAAAGAAUACUCAUCCGUGUCAUCGUCAUCGUCUGUUUUUACUUUUUUUUAAAUAGUAAGCUAUAUUGUUACUUUAAUUGAGUACAGAAGAACUUCAGUGAUCGUGGCAGCUUAAAUCUUCACCGUUUGAAAGAAAGUGAAAGUAAACUUUUUUAAAAUUUUGUGGGAUCAACCUGAAGAAAGUGAAAUUCAUUAGCGAUCUUUACUAUUAUCUCAUUUAGUUAUUUAAAAUGCUGUCUUGGAAUGAAGGAAGACGGAUAGUUGAAUUAGCAGUUCUAGCAGAAAAUUUGCAUUGCAAGCAGUGCAGUUCUUUGCUUGAUUUAAGUAAGACUGUCAGAGAGACGCGACAAGGUCUUGCCAGUGUGCUGUACAUCGUUUGUUCCUGCGGCGUCGCCAACGACGUGCACACGAGCUCGAAGCAGCGAGCCGCAAAUGGCAAGCUUGCAUUUGGUGUCAAUAUCAUGGCCUCAGCAGGCUUAUUACAGAUCGGUAUGAUGGCCUACAUUGUACAGAACUUUUUCUCAGCUCUGAAUAUUCCUAUGCCAGUCCCACCUUUUGAGGAUGGGUCAUAUGACACAUCUUCAGGGUUCAUUGAUCCUCUGGGUGACAUCAACUUUCAAGCAGCCAUGAAUACUACUGUGACAGACACUGGCGACAAUUCCUAUAUCAGCAGCAAGUCUUCAGAUAAUUUAGCUGAGACAGAAGAUGCAGAUGAUGAUGAUGAGGAGGAGGAGGAGGAGGAUGAAGAGGAGGAUUCAUCUGCAGUGGACCCCAAAGAACAGGACAAAAAUGGUCACAAUAAAGUCUGUGUCAGUGGAAAUGAUGAGCCAGCUAUUUCACUACCUGUCCCUGUUCUCCGUAACAAUAGAUUAUCAGGAAUCCAGGUCCAACAGGCAGUUAUCAUUGUCAAUGCCUCAGCUACGGAGAAUCGUUAUGGCUGUGGCAAAUGCUUGAAGGCUUUUCCUACAGAAGAGACCUGCAGAACCCAUAUAGAGGCACAUGUGGGGUCCAAGCCUUUUCUUUGUGAGGAAUGUGGUAGAGGGUUCACCUGUAAGUACAACCUAAAACUGCACACAAAGCAGCACACCGGUGAGAGGCCAUUCAAGUGCGUGCAGUGUGGAAGGGGCUUCAUUCGUGAGUUUUCAUUAAAAAGACACAUGCUGCGACACCUUGGGCACGUCCCUUAUACCUGUCAGGAUUGUGGAGAGAGCUUCUCGACCCAUGAGAGUCUCAAGCGCCACAAGCGCCUGCAUACUGGCGAGAAACCAUUCAAAUGUGACCAGUGUGACAAGACAUUUCGUGGCGAGAGUAAUCUAUACGCACAUCGGCGCAGGCACUUUGGUAUAAAACCUUACAAGUGCCAAGACUGUGGCGCAGCUUUUGUGGAGUCUACACAUCUGACUCGUCAUCGCCGCAGGCACACAGGAGAGCAGCCAUACAUUUGUGACAUCUGCGGUGCCCGCUACACCCAGUCAGGCUCGUUGGCUGAGCACCGUAAGAAACACACUGGAGAGCCCAAAACAGUGCGAGUCCUGCAGUGUGCUGACUGUGGCAAAAUUUUUAAUAGCUACACGCAGCUCAAAAGACACAAGCGAGUGCACACAGGUGAAAAACCUUACAAAUGUGAUGACUGUCAGAUGGCCUUCACGCAGUCUUCAAGCCUGAAGGCACACAAACGAAUUCAUACAGGAGAAAAGCCAUAUCGAUGUGAUGAGUGCAAUGAAUUGUUCAUGUAUCAGAGAACACUGCAAAGACAUAAAAGAAAACAUUUGCUAGAGGAUCAAGCUUUAACAUCUCAUUAAUUGUGUCUAAGAUAGGUUUUGUCUGGCUUUUCAUUUGCAAAAAACCCACUCCUUUUAAUGAUGUACAUGUCAGUUACCUAACUCAGAUCGAGUUUGGCAAUGUUUUAUUUCAUUUAAUCAAGUAAAUAAUAUUUCCUUUAGUAGAUCUGCUUUUGAGUAGAAAAACUAAUACAAAAAUAUGAUUAUUGUUUAUUCUUGAUUUUUGUUUGUUUUUGUUCUGGUAAAGGGAAUCAUCCUUUUCAGUUCAUUGAUUUGGUGUAUAGAUUUUAGGCAAAAUAAAAAAAAAGUAUUUUAAUGAUAUGAUAUAUUUCAGCAAUUAAACAAUAUUUUGUUUAACAGUAUUUUAAUAGUACAAUAAUAAUAUUUGAGUUUGAACCUAUAAUCUAUUUCCAGGAAAUAGACUGUAAUGAAUUAUGUCCCUUAGAAGUGCUGUUUCUUUGCCAUUUAAAAUGCCUGGUGCAUAGUUCCUAGUGAAGAACAUAUUUCUGAUAGAGCUUACUCUUUCAUGAUAUGUUUUGUAUUUUUAAUGGACUGCAGCAAAGUAGUUCAUAAGCUGAAAUAUUUUAUGUUCAGUUGAAGACAUUUGUGUUUUGCAAGAACAAAAAACACUUUAAAACCCAUGCCUCAAAUAUCUAAAUGGAUGGAUAUUACAGAGUAGCCUGCAUGAUCUGAAAUAUGAAUCUGUACAUGUUUCAUGACAGAGCUUGGAGAUAUAUUUCUAAAAUUCUUUUGUGGAAUACAUAUCUAAUUGAUGGGUACAGGGAGAGCUGAUUUUUUCUUUUCUUAGGUCAGAGAGCUAUCCACCAUAAGAUCUAUUUCUAACAAUUGCAUGCAGUAAAUGAUAAUAACUAUUCCUGCAUAUCUGUUUAUCCUUUACUAUGUUUUCCAUCUUUUCUACCCCCGUCAUCUCUUCUUUCUCUAUUACUAUCUGUGUGUGUGUGUGCACAUGUGCGUGCAUGUGCAUGCAUGAAUAUCAGUGUAUGUAAAGAUGCUUUUUAAUCAUUUUAUUAGUGGUUAUUCUGCCAUAGAACUUUGUCAUAAUUCAAUGUGAAGAAAUGAUACUCUGUAGAUUUUCCGUUAUCCUGAACCAAGAUCUGUUUGCUGUUUAUUGGUACAGGUCUUUGCAUGUUGAGGCAUCAGUAUGUGCAGCUACGUUUUAUAAGCAUCAAAUGUAACAAAAUUUGUUCUGCAAAAAAUUCAUUAACAGUAACACUUCUUAUAUUUUUAUUGUUCAUUUUUUAAUAAAUUUAAAUUCAGGCAUGUGCA